UUUGGGUUGCUAACAGAGGAAAUCCGGUGAAUGGUACUUCAGGAGUUGUUGCAUUUGAUCAUAUGGAAACUUAGUGAUCCAUGAAAACAGUGGGAGCUUUCCCAUUUGGUCAACCAAUGUUUCCUCCAUGACUUCGAACGAUUCUACCACCGCCCAACUGUUGGAUUCGGGUAAUCUGGUUUUGAAUCAUGUUUUGAGCAAAGUGGUCAUUUGGCAGGGCUUUGAUUAUCCCACGGAUACCUUUCUUCCGUCCAUGAAACUUGGGUUGGACCGGAGAACCGGUCUGAACUGGUUCCUGACAUCUUGGAAGUCCGAAGAUGAUCCAGCACCGGGCAGUUGUUCAUACCGGUUUGAACCAAUGGGUGACCCACAGUUGUUCCUUUACAAGGAUCGAGCUCCCUAUUGGCGGGGUGGACCCAUAAUUGAGAGACUGCAAGGUGGCGUUCCCAAGGUGGCUUAUGAUCUUAUUUUUAGCAACAUCACAAUUGCGAAUAACGUGAUGGAGGUUUCUCUGAUGUAUGGCGUCGCCAAUGCAUCGGUUAUCGUUAGAAUAGUGGUGCGUGAGUCAGGGUCAGUUAAUCACUUCACAUGGCACGAUGAAGAGCAGCAGUGGACCGAAUUUGCUUACUAUCCAAAGGAGCAGUGUGACCACUACGGCACUGUGGGCCUAAUGCCAACUGCGGUGCAAACAGCGCAGACCAGCUCGACUGCACAUGCCUGCCCGGCUUCAAGCCCAAGUCUCCAAGCGAUGGGUACCCAUGGGACGGAUCAGACGGGUGCAAGAGGAGGCAAGGUGCGUCAAUGUGUCGACGUGGGGAAGGUUUCGUGA